AUGAUCAGCACGUCAAAGAAUGAGGUGUGCGGCGCCACGGGAAUGAUGGGCGCAAAGCGGCGUCGAUCCUUCCGGCAGUCAAUGACGCUGGACUCAUCUUCUACAUCCUCUGAUACCGUUGGACCGCUCACAGAAUAUGGAGACGAUGUGUGGAAAGCCGAACGGAUCAUAGACGAACGUGUUCGCAAAGGAAAUAAUGGACGUAAGAUCGUCGAAUUUCUCAUCAAGUGGGAUGGAUUUGACACAAGUCAAGCGACUUGGGAGCCCAAAAAGAAUAUUCUUAACAAUGAACUCCUUAAAAUUUGGCGCAAUGAACGUCUCGUCGAGAAAAAACCAAAGGUUUCUCUUUCGGAAGCUAAUGAGAUACUGAACGAGCACCAGUAUGCAGCCGUUAAGAAGGAAGAAGAAACAAUUGAUCCUUUAUCGGCCGCCGCUCUUCUGCAGCUAGAGCCAGUAGAGUUCAGUAAGGAUGCAGUGAAAGUCAAAAUUGAGCCAGUUGCUUUCACACCCAUUUCGAGCCCGUCUACUACUGAGUCAUCUGCUUCAAAGCCUUCUACUUCGAUGCCUUCUACUUCAAUGCCUUCAGCUUCAAACUCAUCUAUUUCAAAGCCUUCUACUUCGAACCCAUCUACUUCGUCAAAAUCGCUUUCAGAGUCACCGUUCAAGCUCUCUGACGUUCGCCGAAUGAAGCUUGUCAGUGUUGAAACUGAUGGAUUGGUUGUCCUCUUCAUCGAGCUCAUUCCUGAAUAG